CCAGGCUGCAGGACAGGAGAGAGUCACCGCCUACAUCUCCGUCUCUCUCUCUCUUCUCUCUCCCCCUGUUCUCCAUGCCGCGUCUCGCUGUGCUCAUCUCGGGAUGCUCUGUGUUCCUUGUGUUAAGCUGGGCAAUGGUCGCGAUUCGCCAGGCGAGCCAGCCUCAAUUCCAUCCCUCCUCGCCAACAAUGUUGCCGGCAGCGAAAGCGCAGAAAGGAGGUGGCGUUGGUAUACACAAGGAGGACGCAGCCAAGCUCAAGAACCGGUUCAAGAUCCCUGAGGGGAUGGACCUCGGCGACCGCGAGCUCGAUCGGAAUGGGAAGCCGAAGAAGAGGAUGGGGUCGAGGGGCAUCUCCGUCGACAGGAAGAACAUCGUCGAGACUGUUGAGAUGGAUGACCUCAGGGCCCCGCCGGGACGCCUGUGGAUUCCCGCCGCGCUCUCCGGCCCCAUCAACCACGACUCGCCAGACAACCCUCUCUUCAACGUGCUGGUGGCCUACUGCCAGCUGGACAUGGUCGCCUACCACAAGAGCCCGUGGCUGUUCGCUAUGGGAGCGUUCCACCAACGGACCUCCGGGUGCAUGGACGACCCGAGCUUGACCCGGACCUACAGACUCUCGUCCCUUAAGCGAGUGCUAGAAGAAAACCCCGACGAGUUCAUGGAUCCCACCGGCUUCAUAUACCACGAAACCCGCUGCGGCUCCACCCUUUCGGCGAACAUGAUAGCCGCCGUGCCCUCCAACAUCGUGCACAGCGAAACGCCUCCACCUGUUGCGGUCCUCAACCUGUGCCCGAAAACCGGAACAUGUCCCGAUGGGUUGAGAGAGGAACUGGUUCGAACCGUGUUCCGUCUGAUGGGCCCGGUGCAAGACGGCCACACGGACCUGUUCUUCAAGUUCCAGAGCUCCAAGUUCCUGCCGGCGAUCGAGCAGGCGUGGCCGGAGACUAAGUGGAUCUACCUCUUCCGAGACCCCCUCGAGGUCAUUUCCUCCAACCUGAAGGGAGCCUGGCGAAAACAGGUCGCUAACCAAGAGCGCAAUGUCACGUCCCCCGCGGUCUACAACCUCGGCGGGCCCUGCGUAAGGGGCGCAAAGGGCGGCGGGUCGAGAAAAUUGCCAAGCCAGGAAAGCCUUGUUACUACUUGCGCUAAGCACCUGGAGACGUUGAACGAGAUUGCUCUGACGCAGAUCGUGGGGGGCUCUCCCAAUGGGUUGGCCGUCGAGUAUCGACAGCUACCGGAGGUCAUGACGGAGUACGUGUACCCGGAGCACUUGGGCAUGGCUGAGACCGAGGAGGAGCGUUCGGAGUUCAAGCUCUGGAUGGAGCCAGUGACUCACGUGUACUCGAAGGGCAUGGCAACGCCUGCCGAAGGCGCCGAGUAUGAACAAGGGAUGGACCUCGAGUUGAAAGAGGAGGGAAGCGACCCGCGCAUGCGAGCAGCGGCCGCCACCAUGUGCGCGAACUACCGCUCCCUCGUCGAACUGCAGCGAUGGCGAAAGGAGGAACAGGGCAGCACGAUGGGGACCUGUGAUGUUAGAUGACGCCUUCUCUCUUGGGCAUGCCACUACCAUACUGGUACUUGGUGGGCAUGGUUACUCCUGUGUCUUGUGUAGGGUAGACGAAGCCCUCCUCCCCAAGGCGAAGGCGUUAAGCCCAACUCUUCAGAGGGGCGCUGCCAUGAUAUUUAGGUAGGCGUGAUGGGUGUGGACCUAAUUUUGCACUCAAAACAGCAGCGUUCAAGGCUAAGUAUUUUUGGUGUGCUAAACGAGGGUGCCCGGUGUGUAGCUGUACAGCCCUCUUCGUAUUGGCAAAGACGGGCGUGAGGCUAGAAGGGCUUACAUGUAGCGCGGGUGCCUGGUGGCCAGAAAUGCCACUAGUACUAGCCAUAUACGAAAGUGUAGUACUGUACAUACACUGAAAAGUGUGGUACACGUCUCACCAGGGAAAAUGGGGGAACUGUCGCCAUAAUAAAUAGGAUGAAAACAAACUGGCCAGGAACCUGGUCGGUGUCGUCGUGUUGCUCGUGCUAUUUCGCCGAGCACGGCCGCCGCUAGACAGGGAGUGCAGCUCGAGACAUGUGUGUGUUUUGUUUUGUUUUGUUUUGUUUUGUUUUCGAAACUUUCCCCCUUUCUUCCAAGCCGCCGAUACUAAAGCAGUAGAUAUAUGGUUAGCGGGUGCGGCGAAGGGCUACUGCAUCGAGCAAGCCUGCCGAUAGACAGGUAGUGCAGCUAGAGACAUCUGUGUGUGUUUUUUCGAAAAGUUCCCCCUUCUCAAGCCGCGGACACUCGCAGGUAUUUGGCGUUUGGGAUUGGCGGGUGCGGCGAAGGGCUAUCGCAUUGGCCAACGAGGAGAAGAGCUCUUUGGAACUCAUGGCUUGUUCCCCCCCCCCACCCCACGCGGGGUAUAUAUGAGGGGAGGGCGGGGAGGUGCAUCGAUCCGGCCUUUUUUAUUGCCGUACCCUGCUUUUCCCAUGUCUUGGUUUCCUGUAGACGUGGUCAAUUCCUUGAUAUUCGAUGUUGGUUUGGUUUCCCUCGACUUGAUUCUGUAUCCCACUUUUUAUUGCCGUUGUGCAUGUUUUGCGCGGGUGGCACAAGUCUUGUAGGUUCUUUUUCGAUACAGUUUUUGUCACCCGCAUUCUUGCAAGAUAGUAUUUUUUGUUUUUUUUUGCUGCAUGGUUCGUUAUUAAAGUGUUGCCAACUGUUGAAAAUGUGGCGGCAAAUUUGAUGUGUAUUCCGCUGGCUUGAAUUUGAUUUUAAAAGUCCCCACUCAGUCAGGACUUCCCGAACAUGAGUUCUCCGAGGGUGGCUUUCUUUCGUGGCUGCGAUCAAGGAGCAAGGAAUGCUGUGUCUCCAACGCUGCUCCUAAAGCCUCCUCCGUUCAUUGGUUGGUGUGGUUGUACAGUAUUGUCGGUAAGACCAAUGAGACGGAGUACCGGUGCUUGAGGGCCCCGCCCAUGGUGGUUCGCGUGUAGCGCUUACGAAAUUCAAACCAAGUUUUUUUUUUUUGCGGUGCGG